UUGCAUGCUUUUCUGCAUAUUUCCUCUGCUGCGCAUUUGCUAGUAGAUUCGGAUGCUGAAUGUGUGAGAGUGUUUUGUUGGUCUUUCUAGAGCAUGUAGGUUCUUUACUUUAAAAAGAUAUUGAUAAUAUUACUAUUAUUAUCGAGAGAACGUCCUAUAUCUUGCAGCCUUCCUUCGUAGAGUUCUGGGAUUACAGGCAAGUACUAUAUGCCCCAGUGAGGAUACCGUAUUUGCAAAAUUCCUAAGAUGUUCUUUUAACUUGUUGACUUUGUCUUCUGCUGAGUCAGAUCCUCUGGCCCUGUACUCGUCACAUCUGGCAGGCGUCAUAACAGCAACAUUUAAUUGUGUGUGCAGGUGGGUGUCACAUGUAUGUGCCUGUGUUGGUUUACUAUUUUGUCCUGCGUUUUAUUGAGGAAAUUGGAACAGAAGGGGUCAAGAUAAGGAGGGCCUUGGGUGGCUAUCACAAGCUGGCCUGGAUGCCUGCUGCCUGAGGGGUGAGCUCUGCUGAUAGCCCAUUCUACCUUCUCUGGGCAUUCCUUCAGACCAGGUCUUAAUCACUGUAGGCCCCAAACUUGAAAUCAGCUAUGAAUCUUAGGUUCCAGUCCAGAAUUCAUUCUCCCUCCCCCUCUCUCUCCCUCUCUCUUUCUCUCUCUCUGUCUGUCCCUCUGUCCCUCCCUCCAUCUCCCCCAUCACCUCUCUCUCUCUAACUUUAAAAGGACAAACAGAAAUAAAAGACAGAAUUUAUUUCUGUAACCAAAGCUGACCUCAAAGGCGCUAUGUAGCCCAGGCUGGCCUUGAACUCAGCAAAUUCAUGUCAUCAGUUUUCCAAGUGUUGGGGUUAUAGGCAUGUGUCACUACCCCCUGAGAAGCCGUUUGAAGCCCUUCCUACUCCCCUUCCCAGCUGUCUUGCCCUCCAGGAACCGUAGCAGCAAUACCUAGAAUCUUAUCACUCUCUCAGCAUUUAUUUCUUUUAAAGUGAGAAGAAAAAAGAAAACCCAAUUUAGGUAUAUCUUCACACCAAUGCAGUAGUAAAAUCAUCAUUUUCUUGCUUAUCUGAUGAAGGAAGAAGGAGCUCAGCAAAGUGACAAUCCCUCUAAUCUAACCAUGUGAAAAGUUGGAUGCAGGGGCACAUAUCUGCAAUCCCAUCACUUCUAUGGCAAGAUGGGAGGUAAAGACGGGUGAAUCAUCUGGAAGUCCUGGUUAGCCUGGAAUACUCUAAGCAGACCUGCCUCAAGAGGGACCCUGCCUCAAAAAGCACUGAGGUUAUGGAUGCCCAUUACUGUGUCUGCCUUUUACAUGAUGGUAAGGAUGGGACCUUGGGUCCUCUGUCUCCCCAGCACUGAGGUUAUGGAUGCCCAUUACUGUGUCUGCCUUUUACAUGAUGGUAAGGAUGGGACCUUGGGUCCUCUGUCUCCCCAGCACUGAGGUUAUGGAUGCCCAUUACUGUGUCUGCCUUUUACAUGAUGGUAAGGAUGGGAACUUGGGUCCUCGUGCUUAUUCUUUAAUAACUAAGCAUCUCCCCGCAUUUCAGGUCAGUUUUUGGGGUUUUCUUUUCUUAAGAUUUAUUUAUUUAUUAUGUAUACAGUAUUCUGUCUAGAUGUGUGUCUGCAGUUCAGAAGAGGGCACCAGAUCUCAUUACAGAUGGUUGUGAGCCACCAUGUGGUUACUGGGAAUUGAACUCAGGACCCCUGGAAGAGCAGUCAGUCCUUUUAACCUCUGAGCCAUCUCUCCAGCCCUCGGAUAGUUUUCUUGAUACUGAGAACUAUAGUUUAGCCUUCCCUUAAAGUUGUAGUUUUAAGAGAGACAUGUAAUCCUGUUUUCAUGGUUACAAGAUAACACAAACUUCAUAAAACUCAAAACAAUAUUAUCAUAGAACCAUCACAUUGUACUAAGUGAGAAAUUCCUUCCUUUUUAUCGCAAUAAUAAAUAUAGUCAUUAUAAAUUUGAAAUGUAUAAAAUACACAAGAACUUUGGGCUUAGUAUUGGUUAAUAGCAGAACCCACUUGUUUGUCUGGUGCUUUUUUGUGGCUUGAUUUUCUGAUAUCUUCUUAUCCCUUUUAGGCAGGAUUUUUUCCUGGUGACCCUUGGUAGUCCUCUUUCUAUUCUGGCACACACGGAUCCCACUGGCAAAACGAAAAGCAAGCAAAGUGGUGCAAGUUUAUAAACAUCCUGCUAUUCAAAUUAAAGCAAAACAAAACAAAAAACCGAUUUCUAGCCUGUGGCCUAAAAGUAAAUUGAAGCAGUCAGGUCCAUUGUCGUGUCCCUAGGUGCAGUCAGUAUCUUUGGGCUGCAGGAAUCCCUCCUUGCAACACAUCUCAGGUGUCUGUUUGCUGUUCUGGAAAAGCUAAACAGUGGCUGAUUCGUUGACUUUAUUGGAAAACAGGACUAUUUUGAAAUGAGGCUUGGUUUCCUGUUUCAGUAACCUGGGUAGAGGGAACACAUCGAGUCUGUGCCUGGAUUUUGGAGUCACAGUUUGGCUACAGCUUGGAUUGUCUCUACUUUAGCACAGCAGCUGGGGAGAAAUGACAACAUGUCUGCUGGCAGGCUGUGGUCUGGCCUGCUGCUCCUGCUGUCUUUUUUCUGCUCCAGAAGUUCAUCUUGUGGCCUCUCAACACAUGUAGAAAUAGGACACAGGGCUCUGGAGUUUCUUCAGCUUCAAGAUGGACACAUUAACUACAAAGAGCUGCUCUUAGAACACCAGGACGCGUAUCAGGCUGGGACUGUGUUUCCUGAUGCCUUUUACCCUAGCAUCUGUAAAAGAGGAAAAUACCAUGAUGUGUCUGAGAGGACUCACUGGACUCCGUUUCUUAAUGCCAGCAUUCAUUACAUUCGGGAGAACUACCCUCUGCCCUGGGAGAAGGACACAGAGAAGUUGGUAGCUUUUUUGUUUGGAAUCACCUCUCACAUGGUCGCUGAUGUCAGCUGGCACAGUCUGGGUAUUGAACAAGGAUUCCUCAGGACGAUGGGAGCGAUUGACUUUCAUGACUCCUAUUCUGAGGCUCAUUCAGCUGGUGAUUUUGGAGGAGAUGUGUUGAGCCAGUUUGAAUUUAAUUUUAAUUACCUCACAAGGCACUGGUACGUGCCCACCAAAGAUCUUCUGAGAAUUUACGAUAAUCUCUAUGGUCGAAAAGUCAUCACUGAAAAUGUCAUCGUUGACUGCACAUACCUUCAGUUCCUGGCAAUGCAUGGGGAGAUGCUGGCUGUUUCCAAGCUCUAUUCCACAUACUCCACGAAGUCCCCGUUUCUGGUGGAACAGUUCCAAGAGUAUUUCCUGGGAGGACUGGAUGACAUGGCGUUCUGGUCCACGAACAUCUACCGUCUGACCAGCUUUAUGCUGGAGAAUGGGACCAGUGACUGCCACCUGCCUGAGAACCCUCUGUUCAUCACAUGUGACGGCCGGAGGAACCACACCCUCCGUUCAAAAGUGCAGAAAAAUGAUUUUCACAGGAAUCUGACUGUGUUCAUAAGUAAAGAUAUCAGGAAAAACCUGAACUACACAGAAAGAGGCGUGUUCUACAGCACAGGCUCCUGGGCGCCGGAAUCUGUGACCUUUAUGUACCAGACUCUGGAGAGGAACCUGAGGAUGAUGUUUUCUGGCAGCUCACAGACUCCUCUAAAGCAUGUCUCCAGCCCCUCUGCCUCCUACUUCCUGUCUGUCCCCUAUGCCAGGCUUGGCUGGGUCAUGGCUUCAGCUGACCUCAACCAGGAUGGGCACAGUGACCUCGUGGUGGGUGCACCAGGCUACAGCCACCCUGGCCGCUUCCAGAUUGGGCGGGUAUACAUCAUCUAUGGCAAUGAUCUGGGCCUGCCCCCCAUCGACCUAGACCUAGACAAGGAGGCCCACGGGAUCCUGCAGGGCUUCCAGCCUUCAGGUCGCUUUGGCUCCGCUUUGGCCGUGCUGGACUUCAACAUGGAUGGGCUUCCUGACUUGGCUGUGGGUGCCCCCUCUGUGGGCUCAGGGCAGCUCACCUACAAUGGUGCAGUGUAUGUCUACUAUGGGUCUCAGCAAGGGAAGCUGUCUCCUUCCCCCAACAUCACCAUCUCCUGCAAGGACACCUAUUGUAACCUGGGCUGGACCCUCCUGUCAGCAGAUAUGGAUGGAGAUGGCCAGCCUGACCUGGUGAUCAGCUCACCUUUUGCACCUGGUGGAGGGAAGCAGCGAGGGAUCGUGGCUGCCUUUUAUUCACGGCCCAGACAGAGUGACAAAGAAACACUGACUGCAGAGGAAGCUGACUGGAACGUGAGCGGUGAGGAGGACUUCUCUUGGUUUGGAUACUCCCUCCAUGGGGUCACAGUGACAAACAGAACCCUGCUGUUGGUUGGGAGCCCAACUUGGAAGAACGCCAGCAGGAACCAUGAGAAAAACAGCCUGGGAAGGGUGUAUGGCUACUUUCCUCCAAACCGCCAGAGCGAAAUUACUAUCUCAGGAAAUAAGGCAAUGGGAAAGCUGGGUACCUCCCUGUCAAGUGGCCAUGUGAGACUGAAUGGGACCCUAACACAAGUGCUAUUGGUCGGAGCCCCUACUCAUGAUGAUGUGUCUAAAAUGGCAUUUCUAACCAUGACCCUGCGCCAGGGUGGAGUCACUCACAUGUAUGAGCUAGCCCCGGAGAAGACACCGCCUGCUCUCCUCAGCACCUUCAGUGGAGACCGGAGCUUUUCUCGAUUUGGUAGCGUUCUACAUCUGACUGACCUGGAUGAUGAUGGCUUAGAUGAAAUCAUCAUGGCUGCCCCACUGAGGAUAACAGACCUUACUUCUGGACUGCUAGGGGGAGAAGAUGGGCAAGUUUACAUUUAUAAUGGCAAGCAUACCACCCUCGGUGACAUGACAGGCAAUUGCAGAUCCUGGAUGACUCCAUGUCCAGAGGAGAAGGCACAGUAUGUACUAAUUUCUCCUGAGGCAAGUUCAAGGUUUGGGAGCUCGCUGGUCUCUGUGAGGUCUAAGGAAAGGAACCAAGUGGUUGUUGCUGCUGGAAGAAGUUCUUGGGGAGCCCGGCUCUCUGGGGCACUUCAUGUCUACAGCCUUAGCUCAGACUGAAGACUCCACUCUCCUAUUCUGCCCCUUUCUUUGGGUCAAGUCAUCUCCAGGGUGGACAAAGUAUUCGUCUAGUGGAGCUGUGAAGGCUGACACAGGUGGGACUUCUGGGACAGACAUACUGACAGCCAGGUUACCUGGAAGUAUGGUCAGCUACGUGUAGACACCAGAUGUUGGGAAGCAGAAGGCACUGUGUGUUUUCUCUGAGCUUCCUGCCUGUGCUUGGGACUGUAACAAUUACCCUCCUCUUCUGCUUGAACACCCGUUUCUCUCUUGCCUAGAAAGGUGUAGUCAGCUCUUACCUACUCUCUAUAUAAUCGCUCUUUUAAAAAUCUGUUAGUGGUGGCUGGUCCUCUUAAAUGUGCCCCCCAAAUACCCAUGCUGGAGGCUUGGUCCCCAGCUGAAGGAGGGUGGAAAUUUUAGAGUGGGACCUUGUUGGAGGAAGUUAGGCCAUUGGAGUGUACAGGACUCGAAGUAAUCCUUGUCACCUUCCCAGCUGCGACGAUGUACUGAUUCUUCCCCAACAAAGCAACAGGGACAAGCACCCUGGAGCCAACAUGGCUGAAACUGGGAGCCAAAAUAAACAUUUACUCUUUUUAA